AUUUCAAAUUCUCUUUAGUUUCUACCAAAGAAUUCUCUAGCAAAUCAUCCACCUAAAAAAAACACUUCAUUUAUUCUUGAUAAACUCUGAGUUUUACUAAGAAGAUGGGGUUCAUUUCUGGCAACAAUAAGAAACUUCUUUCAAAGAUAGCAACUAAUGAUGGACAUGGAGAAAACUCAUCAUAUUUUGAUGGUUGGAAAGCUUAUGAAAAUGAUCCUUUUCAUCUAACACAAAAUCGUAAUGGUGUUAUUCAGAUGGGUCUUGCUGAAAAUCAGCUUUGCUUUGAUUUAAUCCAAGAAUGGGUAGUCAAUAACCCAAAAGCUUCCAUUUGCACAUCUGAAGGAGCUCAAGAUUUUAAGGAUAUUGCUAUUUUUCAAGACUAUCAUGGCUUGCCAGAAUUCAGAAAGGCUGUUUCAAGAUUCAUGGAGAAAGUGAGAGGAGAUAGAGUGACAUUUGAUCCGGAAAGAAUAGUCAUGAGCGGAGGAGCAACUGGAGCCAUUGAAACUCUGACAUUUUGUUUGGCUGAUCCUGAUGAUGCAUUUCUAGUUCCUACACCAUAUUAUCCAGGAUUUGACAGAGAUUUGAGGUGGAGAACAGGAGUACAACUUUUUCCUGUUGUUUGUGAGAGUUCUAACAAUUUCAAGGUUACAAAAGAAGCCUUAGAAGAUGCAUAUGAGAAAGCUCAAGAAUCUAACAUCAGAGUCAAAGGAUUACUCAUAAACAAUCCAUCAAAUCCAUUGGGCACAGUUUUGGACAGGGAAACAUUAAAAGACAUACUAAGAUUCAUCAAUGACAAAAACAUCCACCUAGUAUGCGACGAAAUCUAUGCUGCUACCGCGUUUAGCCAGCCCUCCUUCAUCAGUAUCGCGGAAGUUAAAGAGGAAGUUGUUGGAUGCAACGAAAAUUUAGUGCACAUCAUUUAUAGCCUGUCGAAAGAUCUAGGGUUCCCUGGAUUCAGAGUCGGAAUCAUUUACUCAUACAAUGAUGUUGUUGUGAAUAUUGCGCGAAAAAUGUCAAGUUUUGGGCUCGUUUCAACACAAACACAACGAUUGAUUGCUUCCAUGUUAUCGGAUGACAUCUUCGUUGAAAAUUUUAUCGCGAAGAGCUCAGUGAGGUUAUCACAAAGGCAUGGUUUGUUCACUAAGGGACUAGCUCAAGUUGGAAUUAGCACAUUGAAGAGUAAUGCAGGACUAUUUUUCUGGAUGGAUUUGAGAAGGCUUCUUAAAGAGCCAACAUUUGAAGAUGAAUUGGAUCUUUGGCAUAUAAUUAUUAAUGAAGUGAAACUCAAUGUCUCUCCUGGUUGUUCAUUUCAUUGCUCUGAGCCUGGUUGGUUUAGAGUUUGUUUUGCUAAUAUGGAUGAUGAAACUAUGAGAGUUGCGUUGAGAAGAAUUAGGCACUUUGUGCUUAAAGAAAAUAAGGGACUUGAAGUUGCAUCCAAGAAACAAUGCAGGAGGAACAAACUUGAAAUUAGUUUAUCUUUUAGAAGAUUGGAUGAUUUCAUGAACUCUCCUUUCAUGAAUUCUCCUCACUCUCCAAUGUCUUCUCCUAUGGUCCAAGCUAGGACUUGAAAAAAGGAAGAGCUUAUCAUCAAUAUUAGUUUUUGUCGAUAACGGUGCAUCCAGCUUGCGCACAAAUCGACUGUUUCACCGAGUACCUGAUAGGCGUUCAGUUCAGCAUCUUGGCACACAACAAUUUCACCAAGUACCUGAUACCACUGUCUAAUUGAAGGAGGGUAAAUUCUUUAAUUGUAGUUGUUGGUAAGUCUAGUUACACAACAUAGAAUGGAAGUUCAUAGAGAUUCUUUGAAUUUUUUAAUUGAGACUUUUUUGCCUAUGCUAUGAUUGCAAAAAGCAAUCAAAUAGGCUUCUAUAUAUUGUUGAAUAUAAUUUUGUUCUUGGGUUUUUUGUAUACCUUCUUGUAAUUGAAGGAGAUCAGUAGUAACUUGUUUUUAAGAAGCAAGUGUAUUUCUCAGA